AUGCUGCUGCUUUCAUUCUUCGUCGGGGCUUUGCUAGCCGUCGCCAAUGCCUCAACCUUCUCGCCGGCACGGCCGCCGGCUAUUCCUCUCGCUGUUAAAUCGCCAUACCUGAACACUUGGCUUCAAGCAGGAAACGAUGGAGCAAUCCUACCGGGCCAGUGGCCGCAAUUCUGGGAGGGCAGAAUAACCGCGUGGACGGGUAUGAUUCGAGUCGAUGGCAAGGCUUAUACAUGGAUGGGCAACCCAAAUCCAAGACCCCCAUUAGCAACCCAGACUGCAUUUGAGUACACGUCCACGCGAAGCAUCUUCACCUUCAAUGUCGCCGACAAAGUGGAGAUGAAGGUUGAAUUUCUUUCACCGGUGUAUCCCGAUGAUCCCCAGAGACAGAGCCUCGUCUUCUCCUAUCUUGAAGUCCGCGUGACGUCGUUGGACGACGCUCACCAUCAAGUCCAGUUGUAUACAGAUGUGUCUGCCGAAUGGGCAUCUGGAAACCAAGGUGCUGUUGUUCAGUGGAACCGUGGCGAUACCGGAAAUGUCACGUAUCACAGCUUCUCUCGACAGGAAGAACUGGCAUUCACUGAGAACCGCGACCAGGCCGAAUGGGGCACAUGGUUCUACGCAACGGACAAUACACCCGGGGUGACUUAUCAGACCGGAUCUGAUGCUGGAGUUCGGUCCACCUUCGCUCUGAUGGGAGUCCUGAGCAACACGGAAGAUUACCAGUACAGGCCGAUCAACGAUGACUGGCCCGUCUUUGCUUUUUCCAAAGAUUUUGGAAACUGUGCACGCUCGGAGGUUUCUACCCUCUUUUCGAUUGGUCUUGCACAAGACUUUGUAGUCCAGUUCGAAGGCGCAGGUCCGUAUGAACCGCUCCCUGCUUUGUGGCAGGCCUAUUUCCCAGAUGGGAUAGCUGCUCUUGACUUCUUCCAUCAUGACUAUUCCACUGCGGUGACCAUGUCGGAUGCCCUAGAUCAGAAGGUCGCGAAGGAGUCGCGCAAGGCGGCCGGACAAGAUUACCUGACGAUUACCUCGCUCACAGUCCGCCAAACAUUUGGAGCCACCCAACUUGCGGGUUCAGCGGAUAAAUAUUAUCUCUUCCUAAAGGAAAUCUCGUCCAAUGGAAACAUGCAAACCGUCGACGUAAUCUUCCCUGCAUAUCCCCUAUUCCUAUACUUUAACCCUUCUCUUCUCAAACUGCUCUUGGAUCCUCACUUCGAGAACCAAGAAGCCGGGAAGUACCCUAAAGCAUUUUCAAUCCAUGAUCUCGGCGCGCAUUAUCCGAAUGCGACGGGACAUCCUGACGGAGUCGCUCAAGAAAUGCCUCUGGAAGAAUGUGGCAAUAUGAUCAUCAUGGCCCUCUCAUACGCCCAACGCAGCAAGGACACCGAUUACCUGAAACAACAUUACAAGAUUCUCAAGCAAUGGGCGGAGUUCCUUGUGGAUGAGGCACUGAUUCCUGAGAACCAGCUUUCGACUGACGACUUUGCUGGGUUACUCGCAAAUCAAACCAAUCUCGCGCUGAAGGGCAUUAUUGGAAUUGAGGCAAUGUCUCAAAUCGCCGACUUGACAGGAGCUCACGACGAGGCGCAGAACUACACCAGCAUUGCGCACGAGUACAUUUCCAAGUGGCAGACCUAUGGCAUUGCGCAUGACGCCAAUCCACCGCAUACGACGCUGAAUUACGGCAAGAAUGAGUCAUUCAAUCUCCUCUAUAAUUUGUAUGCGGAUCGUGUAUUGGGACUCAAUCUUGUACCGCAGUCCGUCUAUGACAUGCAGUCAUUGUUCUAUCCUACCGUCCUGAACGAGUUCGGUGUGCCGUUGGAUACCCGCCACCUCUGGACUAAAGCGGAUUGGGAAAUAUUUGUGGCCUCCAUAGCGUCGGUAGAGACACGCGACUUGAUCCUGAGCACGCUGGCCAGGUGGGUCAACGUCACCACGACCGAUCGGGCGUUGACUGAUCUGUAUGAAUCAGAUACCGGAGGGUAUCCCGGAUUUCAGUUCGUAGCUCGUCCGGUGAUGGGAGGAAGUUUUGCGCUAUUGGCUUUACCGGAAGCGAUGAAGACGAAGCAUUCUAGCUAA